AUGACGAAGCCUCAACACGACGCUACCUUCUCACGCAUGAACAAAAUCGAUGGCUGGGGAUCUUUGGAGGCCGAGGGAAAAAUAUUAAUAAUGAUGAAGCCUCAACACGACGCUUCCAGCUCAAUCGCCUCCAAAAUCGAUGGCUGGGGAUCUUUGGAGGCCGAGGGAAAAAUAUUCAUAAUGAUGAAGCCUCAACACGACGCUACCUUCUCACGCAUGAACAAAAUCGAUGGCUGGGGAUCUUUGGAGGCCGAGGGAAAAAUAUUCAUAAUGAUGAAGCCUCAACACGACGCUACCUUCUCACGCAUGAACAAAAUCGAUGGCUGGGGAUCUUUGGAGGCCGAGGGAAAAAUAUUAAUAAUGAUGAAGCCUCAACACGACGCUUCCCCCUCAAUCGCCCCCAAAAUCGAUGACUGGGGAUCUUUGGAGGCCGAGGGAAAAAUAUUCAUAAUGACGAAGCCUCAACACGACGCUACCUUCUCACGCAUGAACAAAAUCGAUGGCUGGGGAUCUUUGGAGGCCGAGGGAAAAAUAUUCAUAAUGAUGAAGCCUCAACACGACGCUACCUUCUCACGCAUGAACAAAAUCGAUGGCUGGGGAUCUUUGGAGGCCGAGGGAAAAAUAUUCAUAAUGAUGAAGCCUCAACACGACGCUACCUUCUCACGCAUGAACAAAAUCGAUGGCUGGGGAUCUUUGGAGGCCGAGGGAAAAAUAUUCAUAAUGAUGAAGCCUCAACACGACGCUACCUUCUCACGCAUGAACAAAAUCGAUGGCUGGGGAUCUUUGGAGGCCGAGGGAAAAAUAUUAAUAAUGAUGAAGCCUCAACACGACGCUUCCCCCUCAAUCGCCCCCAAAAUCGAUGACUGGGGAUCUUUGGAGGCCGAGGGAAAAAUAUUCAUAAUGAUGAAGCCUCAACACGACGCUACCUUCUCACGCAUGAACAAAAUCGAUGGCUGGGGAUCUUUGGAGGCCGAGGGAAAAAUAUUCAUAAUGAUGAAGCCUCAACACGACGCUACCUUCUCACGCAUGAACAAAAUCGAUGGCUGGGGAUCUUUGGAGGCCGAGGGAAAAAUAUUAAUAAUGAUGAAGCCUCAACACGACGCUACCUUCUCAACGCUGACCAAAAUCGAUGGCUGGGGAUCUUUGGAGGCCGAGGGAAAAAUAUUAAUAAUGACGAAGCCUCAACACGACGCUACCUUCUCACGCGUGAACAAAAUCGAUGACUGGGGAUCUUUGGAGGCCGAGGGAAAAAUAUUCAUAAUGAUGAAGCCUCAACACGACGCUACCUUCUCACGCAUGAACAAAAUCGAUGGCUGGGGAUCUUUGGAGGCCGAGGGAAAAAUAUUAAUAAUGAUGAAGCCUCAACACGACGCUACCUUCUCAACGCAUGAACAAAAUCGAUGGCUGGGGAUCUUUGGAGGCCGAGGGAAAAAUAUUCAUAAUGAUGAAGCCUCAACACGACGCUACCUUCUCACGCAUGAACAAAAUCGAUGGCUGGGGAUCUUUGGAGGCCGAGGGAAAAAUAUUCAUAAUGAUGAAGCCUCAACACGACGCUUCCCCCUCAAUCGCCCCCAAAAUCGAUGA